AUGUUAAAUGCAUACCCCGCCCCUCUAGUCAUCCCACCGCUGGGCGGAGAACAUACGCACACUAUUAUUUCGCUUCAUGGGAGAGGCAGCAAUGCUGAGCGUUUCGGUCAUGUACUUCUUGCUGCUGCGAACCUGCAAGAUCGACUUCCCACAGUGAAAUUCGUCUUUCCGACUGCAAGUAAGCGACGGGCAACGAGGUUCAAAAAGAUGCCUAUCAACCAGUGGUUUGACAACUACUCACUUGAGAACCCCGGAGAGAGAACAGACUUACAAGUCGAAGGACUCUGUGAGAGUGCUGAAUUUAUUCGUGACUUAAUCAGCGAAGAGGUUCGCAUCUUAGGCACGGGCAGCCAUCAAAAGGUCAUCCUAUGGGGGUUAAGUCAAGGUUGUGCUGCGGGUGUCUUCACUCUGCUAGGUAACUGGCCCGAUGCCAGUGAAACAAGCAUGAUCGGAGCAUUUGUUGGAAUGAGUGGAUGGCUGCCCUUUGAGCAGCAGUUGCGCGAGAUUCUUCGAUGCGGUGAGAUUACUGCGUCUAGGGACGACCAGCAAGCUCAACCUGAUGGUAACUCAGAUUCAGAUUCAGACUCAGACCUAGAUGAUGGAGAGCAACAGUCCAACAGGGAUGAAGAGUCAGAUGCUGAUGCAGAUGUCUUCUCGGAACCUGAUCUGGAUGAUGAUCUACUCGAAAGAAGCAGCCUUUCGUAUGACGAUUUUGAUCCCUUUGCUGACGACGAGGAAGAAGGCUCAUUGCUUGAGCACGCUAUCAAUCAUGUUCGCGAUAUUCUUGAUCUUCCAAUGACCCCAACAGACGAUUCGCAAUCACAAUCAAGCUUCCGUCAGCUCCAGACCCCUGUUUUUAUUGGCCACGGCUCUGAAGACCUAAAGGUUUCUGUGGAACUUGGUAGAAAGAUGUCUCAUGUUCUUUCGGCCGGUUUUGGAAUGGACGUAACUUGGAAGGCCUAUGAGGGGUUAGGGCAUUGGUAUCGCGUGGAGGAUGAGAUAGAGCAUAUCCUACAAUUUCUUCGGGAUAGGGUCGACCUGCCAGUGAAACAAGUGCCAACCCAGGGUCAACGCGAGUAUAAGGGUAAAGGCCAAUGA